GUCCAGUUUGUGUACUGCAUUAAACGGUAGAUGUCGAUCGUCCCAGAGCAGUAGUUAAACCGGAGUAAUUGGCCCAAACUCGAUUCGCAAACUCUCUCAAGAAAUCUGUAGGCCUGGUCACCGAAUAUAAAAAUAUGAAGACUGCAGUACUAUUAAUUGUCUCAUUAUGUGUCGUUUCAUACACAGCGGGGAUACAGGAAACUAACUCCGAUCAAAAGAUAAAAGAUAGACAAAGAAGAGGAAUGGUGACAACAGUGAAUGAUGUCAAUUCACCUUCAGGUGAUGUUGUUGAUAAUACAUUGCCAAGCAUAAAUCCAUCGGCUCCUACUGACAAGCAAAAGAAACCAAAGAAAAAUAAUAAAAAGAACAAGAAGAACAAAAACAAGAACAAGAAAAAGGUUAGUCCGUCACCUUCGCCAUUGGCUACGUUGUUGAACAACGCUACAGUUAAAAUGUCCAGUAAAGCUCUGACCACGGACCCAAUACCACACGUCCAUGAAACGCCACACGUCCAUGUCUGUGCGUGUGAAGAACAAGCUGAAAAUCAAUAUGAAAUGUUUUCAAUAAGUUUUGAACCACAGAUUUUGUUUUUAGAGGAAGGAGAAACAAAAUCUGUAAACAUGACUGUCUCGGGGCUGAACGGCCAGAUGAAAAUCGCACUCGAUAGUGGUAAUGAAGAAGCUUUUCAGAUAGUUAGCAACUCGUCGUUUAUCAUUGAGUCGACAUCAGAAGAGGAAAACAUCACAGUAACUAUCAGAAUCACCGGUGUUCGAGUGAACGUUGCUCAUAUGGAGGUCUAUGCGCAUGGCCCAACAGAGCAACCGCCUCCUUUCCGCGUAAAGACACUUCGACAUUUACGAGUUAUAGAUAAGAUUUUCGACUAUAUAUUGCUACCGCUGCUUAUCAUUACCACCACUGGGAUGGGCUGUAAGAUGGAGUUUGACAUCAUCAAAUAUAAACUAAAACACCCCUUUCCUAUUAUAAUUGGUCCAGUGUGUCAGUUCAUAUGCCAGCCGUUCUAUGCUUUUUGCAUCGCUAAACUUCUCAAGUUGACUCCUCUAAUGGCCGUUGGACUUGUUACUGUGGGAUCGUGUCCCGGGGGUGGUCUUAGUAACAUGAUAACCCUUCUCGCUGAUGCUGAUCUUAUACAAAGUGUAACUAUGACAUUUGUGUCAAGUUGUCUUGCUAUGGGUAUGUUACCGCUGAAUAUGUUUAUUUACGUUCGUGCUUUCGUUGACACAGAUAAUGCCGAAGGUGGAGGCGGCGGCGUCCCGUUCGGAAGCAUAAUGGUGCAAGUCUCCAUGUUGACAUUUCCUGUCCUGACUGGUAUGUUCAUCCGCCACAAGUUCCCAAAAAUAGCAUACUACUGCAUUAAGUCGUUGAACAUAUUAUCCGGAACUCUUAUCUUAUUGACAAUAUCCAUUGGGCUCUAUUCCAACGUUUAUGUUAUUUACUCGCCGUGGUUCUGUUUUGUCGGCAGUUUGAUGUUGCCAUCAUGUGGGUUUAUCACUGGGUAUAUAGUGGCGCGUAAAAUAGGGAAACUUCCAAUAGAUUCUUCUGCAACUGUAUCCAUAGAAACUGGAGUUCAGAAUAAUCUCAUUGCUAUUGCCAUGAUCAAGUUAUCUUACGAGCAACCAGAGGCCGAUCUCAUGGCUCGUAUGCCUAUUUUUGUUCUUAUAUUCUCCGUCUCAAUUGGCAUCGGUAUGAUCAUUGCCUCGAUACCAAUCAACCGCAAGAGACGGGCUAAGAAGAAGCAGCUUAAAGAGAUGAAGGAUAUAGAGGAUAAGUACGAUAAAUAUGACGAAUAUUCGGCGGUAUCAACUAGAGAAACAAAUGGAAAAACACCAAGAAGAACACCAGAAGGAAGUAAUGAUGAAGACGAUGAUGAUGAUGAUGACGCGGAAAGUUUGUUUUCAACUACUGAACAAGUUUCCAAAACAACAAAUGUUUGAUGUUCAAAUGUUUCUAGCUUGGUUUAACAGGUUGGAAAUAUAAGAAUUGCCGACACAAAGUGAGGUGUGCACAGCUUCCGCUACGCGAGUAGAAUAAUUGCAUUAGUUGCUUUAGUUCAAGAAUGACGUCAUAUCCCUAAGGAACGCUUCUUUAGGGAAUAAUUAAUGUUUCUUGGUUGCACAGGUGUAAUUCAUCGUUGAUUGUAACACCGAUUAUUCGAUCGAUAUGUGAGUAGAACAAUACGAUCUACCGUUGUUGCUGCAAGUGUAUAAACAUCAUUAUCUUGAAUAAUAAAAAUGAUAAUCAAACUAUGCAAACGACGUCAUUUUUAAUAAUACUGUCAAAAACUGGAAAAAAAAAUAAAUGUAUCAGGCACUAAGCAUAUAUGACUGCAUUGCAAUAUGUAAUAUUUUGUUUUAUACAAGGUAUUUUUUUAUUGUAAUGUCACUGUUUUUGUGUCAUGUUCGAAUUGAUUAUUCCAGUUCAAAACUGAAUGUAUAGGAUUUUAUUAUGUUUGUAUUGAUUUUUUUGCUUGCAAAAAACAAUAAUGUUAUAUAAAACAUUAUCGUUGUUAGAUUUAAUUAAUUACAGUCUCUAUACUGACGAGUAUUUCUGGUAUUUUGCAGCAGAUAAUGAUAAUGUUAAGUUCAAGUAGAGUGUUUUUAGUGAGCAGACCGUCGAGGUUACCGAGGUUUUAAACAUUUUCUUAGUUUAGCUUAGGCUAAUUGAUAUCUCUGUUAUUAUAAGUAUACGUAAAUAACCUGCA